AUGAAUCGCUCUGUUGCAGGCAAUUACUCCGAACCGGGAUAUUUGCUUCAGGCUCGUACACCAUAUGAUUAUCAGCAAAGGCAACAGAGCGUUAUUCAACCUAACCGAUCCCUGCUGUACGCGCAACAGGAGCCCCAAGUAGCGAUGAGACCGGAUUAUUCUAACCUCAAUGCGGACAAUGACCACUACGAUGCGGACAAUGACCACUAUGGGGCAGACACCAGACUGGCCGACUUUGUUAGUAAACACAACGUGGUCAUGGACGAUGGCGCAGUGGUCUACGUCCCAACGGACGACGGAAUGGCUCGUAAACGAGCGAAGCAAAGGUUUGUUCCCUGCCCCCUCCCCCGUAGUCUUUUGGAAACCAAGAUUCCACAUAUCGAAGUAAAUGAACGAUAG